GCCGCCGCGCUGGUGCCGCUGCCGCCGCCGCUGCCGCCGUUACCGCCUCCCUGCCGGCAAGUGUGGGAAGGAGGAGCUGAGGGCCGCCGCCGCCGUUGCCGCCAUGGGGAGGAAGUCAAGCAAAGCGAAGGAGAAGAAGCAGAAGCGGUUGGAGGAACGAGCAGCCAUGGAUGCAGUCUGUGCCAAAGUGGACGCUGCCAACAGGGUUAAACGUCUCCAUCGAGUGUAAGCGAGUGUCUGGACUGGAGCCGGCCACUGUGGCUUGGGCCUUCGACCUGACCAAAACUAACAUGCAGACCAUGUAUGAGCAAAGCGAAUGGGGCUGGAAGGACCGAGAGAAACGCGAGGAAAUGACGGAUGACCGAGCCUGGUACCUCAUUGCUUGGGAAAGCAGUUCGGUUCCUGUUGCCUUUUCUCACUUCCGCUUUGACGUGGAGUGCGGGGAUGAAGUCCUGUACUGCUAUGAAGUGCAGUUGGAAAGCAAGGUGCGGCGGAAAGGCCUAGGGAAGUUCCUCAUACAGAUCCUGCAGCUCAUGGCCAAUAGCACACAGAUGAAGAAAGUUAUGUUAACUGUAUUUAAGCACAAUCAUGGCGCCUACCAGUUCUUCAGAGAAGCGCUGCAAUUUGAAAUCGAUGACUCUUCCCCCAGCAUGUCUGGUUGCUGUGGAGAGGACUGCUCCUACGAGAUCCUGAGCCGGAGGACCAAGUUUGGGGACAGCCAGCACUCCCAUGCGGGCGGGCACUGUGGCGGCUGCUGCCACUGAGCUGCCAAGCUAGAAUGCUCUCUCCAAGGCCUGUCCUCUCCCUGGGCUCAUGCUGCUGGCCAAGUGCCCUCAGAGCUGUGGCCUCCUCAGCCCUGCACAUGCCAGGCUGCAGCCUGAGAGCACAGAACCCUGGGGUGGAGUGGUCCGAGCUGCCCGUUCUCCGCUCUGCUAGAAGAACAGAGUGC